AGAGAAUCCAGAUAUGUGUCUGUCUUGUGAGAACAUAGAAGGGCAGCCCACUUUGCAACUGAAGAUCCUGAUUCCAUAAGUCUGGGAUAAACCCUGAAAUUCUGCAUUUCUGACAAGCUUCCAGCAAAAGAACUAGGAGUCCUAGACAACUUUCCAGAGCCCUUGGAUGCAGAUAGAACCUUAACUUUGGAUCCAAGGACAAGAGUAUCUCUUGGACAAAGACCAGCUGCUGACAACCUCCUCUGUAUCAUCUGAUCUACCUUGUCCUCUUCACAGGAAGCCCUGAAACCAUCAUGGCUACCUCACAAUCGGUAGAUAGUCCCAGAAUCUUUGGUGUUUGUGAUUCUCAACAAAUGGUAUGGAUCCUGAAAGAAAAUUCAUUAAUAGCAACUCCUUUUAGCAGAAAUGUCAGACCUGUCAGUCUUGAUUUAACAACAUGUACAGACAAAGAAUUUCAUGAUGCAGGAAAAGGCAAUCCAGUUUACUUGGGAAUCAAGGGCAACCAUCUUUGUCUCUUCUGUGCAGAAAUUCAGGGCCAGCCUACUCUGCAGCUUAAGGAGAAAAAGAUCAUGGAUAUGUCCAAGGAGAAGAAAGCGCAGAAGCCCUUUCUCUUUUUCCAUAGUAGGGAGGGCUCCACCUCCACCUUGGAGUCUGUCUCCUACCCGGACUGGUUCAUAGCCACUUCCAAAAUGGCAAGUCAGCCUGUCAUUCUCACCAAGGAGAGGGGCAAAAAUUACACCACUAACUUCUAUUUAGAUCCUCAGGACUAAAUUCCGCCUGGGCUGUGGGUGGCUGAUUCCAGGACAGAGGAUCAAGCAGUCAGAAAA